ACAUGCAUGCCCCGCACACACGUCCUACACAUGCUCACCCAUACACAAACACACAUAAUGGAAGCUCUCCCUCGUCUCCGGGCCAGAGUAGAUGAUAGUUGCAGAAUGGCAGCGUAUAUUUGCUAAGGUUAGUUAGAAGUGGAGGAGACAUAUUUUACUAAGAGAAGCUCUAUUUUGCACAGCACAGUGCGUGUUACAUUGAUGAGCCUUGGUGUGCUUUUUCUGCAAGGAAUUGUGUGUAUGAGAGACGAGUGGUCGGCGUGAUUGAUUUGAGAAGUUUCAUUAGAGCUCAUCUGAUGACAAGGAGGGAGGGAGGAAUGUAGAUGGGUGAGUUCAGGCAGUAGUGGCUUUAUGAAAAUGACCACAGCCUUCUAUUCUCAGCUUUUCUUUCUGAGUUUAAAGCUCCUUUUUUUAUUUCCUGUUUCUGUCUUGCCAAGCCGACCUCCACACGUGCUCCCAUUCCAUCCUGUAAGCCACUCUCACAUGCCCAUAUCAGGAUGUUCCUCUGUUCCAGUCUUAUGGACUCACUUCUAUUUCUCUCUAUUUCUCCUACCUCGUAUUUAUCUCUGUCUCUUGCUCUUCAUCUCUCCCAUUCCCUCUCUUUGUCUCUCUUCGUCUCUUCCUCUCUCCAUUCUUCUCAUCUUUCUCCGUCUCGCUCUCUUCCUCUCUCCAUCCCUCUCUCUGUGAAUGUGACAGUGGUAACUGUAAUAAAGUCACAGCUGAAACCAUCCUCUCUGAGUCCUUGUGCUUCAUUUGUCUGUGUACCUGUCAUCACGCCACCACACUCACCGAUUGGUCAGAGGACCAGACAAGGCCCGCCCCUACUGCAGCAUGGACUCCACCCUUCUCUGCCUGCUUCCAUCACACCCCAGUCACACCCUCACCGUGUGCAUGUUGUAAGGGUUACGCUUAUAUAUUUAGUGUGUGAGCUCUGCUGCUACAUCGACACAUAACCACCUCCUACAGUAAGUCAUCUAACACUGCUGCUACAUCUACCCAUAACCACCUCAUACAGUAAGUCAUCUAACACUGCUGCUACAUCUACCCAUAACCACCUCAUACAGUAAGUCAUCUAACACUGCUGCUACAUCUACCCAUAACCACCUCAUACAGUAAGUCAUCUAACACUCUGCUGCUACAUCUACCCAUAACCACCUCAUACGGUAAGUCAUCUAACACUGCUGCUACAUCUACCCAUAACCACCUCAUACAGUAAGUCAUCUAACACUGCUGCUACAUCUACCCAUAACCACCUCAUACAGUAAGUCAUCUAACACUGCUGCUACAUCUACCCAUAACCACCUCAUACAGUAAGUCAUCUAACACUGCUGCUACAUCUACCCAUAACCACCUCAUACAGUAAGUCAUCUAACACUCUGCUGCUACAUCUACCCAUAACCACCUCAUACGGUAAGUCAUCUAACACUGCUGCUACAUCGACACAUAACCACCUCAUACAGUAAGUCUAACACUGCUGCUACAUCUACCCAUAACCACUUCAUACAGUAAGUCAUCUAACACUGCUGCUACAUCUACCCAUAACCACCUCAUACAGUAAGUCUAACACUGCUGCUACAUCUACCCAUAACCACUUCAUACAGUAAGUCAUCUAACACUGCUGCUACAUCUACCCAUAACCACCUCAUACGGUAAGUCAUCUAACACUGCUGCUACAUCUACCCAUAACCACCUCAUACGGUAAGUCAUCUAACACUGCUGCUACAUCGACACAUAACCACCUCAUACAGUAAGUCUAACACUGCUGCUACAUCUACCCAUAACCACUUCAUACAGUAAGUCAUCUAACACUGCUGCUACAUCUACCCAUAACCACCUCAUACAGUAAGUCAUUAACUGCUGCUACAUCUACCCAUAACCACCUCAUACAGUAAGUCAUCUAACACUGCUGCUACAUCUACCCAUAACCACCUCAUACAGUAAGUCAUCUAACACUGCUGCUACAUCUACCCAUAACCACCUCAUACAGUAAGUCAUCUAACACUGCUGCUACAUCUACCCAUAACCACCUCAUACAGUAAGUCAUCUAACACUGCUGCUACAUCUACCCAUAACCACCUCCUACAGUAAGUCAUCUAACACUGCUGCUACAUCUACCCAUAACCACCUCAUACAGUAAAUCAUCUAACUGCUGCUACAUCUACCCAUAACCACCUCAUACAGUAAGUCAUUAACACACUGCUGCUAUAUCUACCCAUAACCACCUCAUACAGUAAGUCAUUAACACACUGCUGCUACAUCUACCCAUAACCACCUCCUACAGUGUCAUCUUACACAGUGUUUCACUUUCAAACUGCUUUCAACUCAUACUGCAGGUAUUUACAGUUUUAUUAGCAGUUACUAUUAGUUGGUAAGGGUUAGUUUCAGAGCUUUCAGAUACAUUCUGUAUUAGAGGUUCACCAAUUCAAAACAACUACACAGCAUGCCACAGGCACCAGUAGAUGAAGCAAUGUUCAUAUCUUUUCUCUGUCUGAAACAUUCUCCGUAUUCUUGACUGAAUGACAUAGUACAGCUGCUUUGUCUGUCACUGGCGCUGUUUGGUGAUUGAUCAGUAGUAGAGCUGCUGUGUGGUGAUUGGUCUAGAUAUGUUGCGGCUGUCGGAGGGGCAAGUCGGGCGACCGCCCAGAAUCCGGACCACCCAGAGGAGCACCCUGACCAGCGUCCUGCAGUUCCUGGAGUCCCGCCCCGCGAUACACGCCCCCCGUUCUCACCGAACCCUUGGCCUGCAAGCCCCUCCCCCUCGCCGCCUCCUCUCUUCUCUCCCUCACGGUCCCCAUGGCCUUCUGGGUAAACGCAGCUUCCACCACCACACCAGAGCCGAGCCAGAGAAACGCCCAGAACACCCAGGCCAGACAACGAUACCAGUGCAGAACGGCCGUAGCAGUGGAGGCGGGGGGACCAGGGGCAGUGCUAGGGGCGGAGUCAUGAUUAGGAAGAGACGCCCAAACUUGAUCGAUGCCCCCGAUGACAGCUUCUUCUUUGUCUCCCGGGAGACCAGUGCUGCAGCCGUUACACAACUGCUCACGGAGGGUCAGGCGGCUGCUGUCUCGGUCCCAGCUGAGGCGCGCCUGUCGACAGCCCUGUGAGCAGAUCACCCUGUGCAGGGCAUCCCAGGCACCACCACAGGGGCCGCUCCUCGCCCUUCCACACCCCCACCCCAGCCUCCGGAUGAGGGGACCCAUUGUCAUCCACGACUGACCCCUGACCCUAUCUCCCUCCCAUACCUGUCCCCUGCCUAUGCUCAGCUCGACAUACAAGACCCUAAUCCUAGUUUCACCCAGCCCCCGCCCUCCCCAACGCCCCCCUUUAAAAAAAGAAUUAAAAAACGGUGAACCUCUGAACUCUUCGGAAUCUGACCCUUCACCUCGGCAGGAAGGGAUGUGCUUCGUUGCCGUGGAGACAGACAUAAAGGCGUUCCCACCUGUACAGAUCCAACUCCCCUGGGACAGAAAACCAGUGAGUGUGUGACCUUGAUUAUGUUUUUUCUUCUUCAGUACCUACUGCAUGUCAGUGACUGGUGGUUGUGAGCAAUCCUCGGUUUGUCAGAGAGAUCAAACCUGAUAUCAACUAACCAGAUCGGCUGGAUUUACAGGGAUGGUUUGAUCACAAACUAGAUGGUUAAAGGGAUCGGAUCACUAACUAGAUAACUGCAUCAUUAUGUAUCCUACAGUUCCAUGAAACUCUUAACUUCUGAGUCAACAACAUAGAAAUACGCUCAUUGUAUAUUACUAUACCGAUUGCAACUCUGUACAGUCUAGACAUUAUAUUUUAUGCUCUACCUAGCACUGCUAUAGGCAGAACACUUCCUCUCUUCUCAACGGAACCUGGGACUUUCAUGACAGAUCUAAUCUGAUUUGGUAUCCUAUUCCCUGUGUAGGGCACAACUUUUGGCCAGAGCCAUCUAGUGCCCAAGGGAAUAAGGGGCUAUUUAGGACGUCCCCUGCUGUAGCAUGCCACUGAGGUCAAGCCUCCUGAUUUGUUUAUGUUGGUGUUCAUGAAUGUCACGUGCUGAAAUAUGAAAUAUGCUGAUUAAAAACAACACAGUUUCCUC